UUAUCCUCAUCACCAUUAACCUCACCCGGAGCUGGUUCAAGUCAUCAAGAAUUGUUGUCAUCAUCAUUACCAUCACCAUCACCAGUUUUGGAUGAGACAAUUGAUUCAACCAUAUUAGAAUCGUCAAUUAACCGUCGCCACAUUAGAGAUGAAACAAGAAUUGACUCUAAUUUAAAUCAAGCUUUAUACAAUCGCCAACAGAUUAACCAAAGCAAGACUGAAAAUAUUGGUAAAAUUAAAUUCUUAAUGGAAGUUGGUAAAUUAAAACAAAUUGAACGAACUGGUUGGAUUCUAAAUAAGAUACACUCACCUGAACGAAUCGCUGGUCAUAUGUAUCGAAUGGCCAUCAUACCCUUACUCGUAUUGUCCACCAGCAAUACAACCAAAGUUGAUCUUAAUAAAGUAAUUAAAUUAUCUCUGGUCCAUGAUAUUGCCGAAUGCAUCGUUGGUGAUUUUACUCCGUACGACGACAUAUCACCCGAAGAGAAACAUCGACUGGAAGAGAAUGCCGUCCAAUACCUGAGUUCUUUAUUACCAUCAACGGUAACCGAUAAUUUCCUCUCAUUAUAUUCAGAAUAUGAAGAGCAAUUAACAGCCGAAGCACAAUUAACGAAAGAACUUGAUCGAUUUGAUUUAGUUCUUCAAGCCUUCGAAUAUGAGAAAAUAGAAUAUAAAAGAACCGGAAUUCUACCAGGACUGGGCGAAUUUUUCGAUUUCGAAAGGAUAUUAUCUUAUAUUCGGAAUCAAGAAUUGAAAGAAAUGAUCGGACAAAUACUUCACAUGAGAUCUGAAUUCUUGGCAAAUGCUUGCGUUCAAACAUGUAAUCAAGACGGAAGUCCACCAAAGGCGAACCCUUCCGGUUCUACCUCAACCUCAUCCUCACCUCUCUCUUCAUCUUCAUCUUCCUCCAAAAAGGAGCCCAAGAAGCCAAUCAAUAGCAAAGAAAAACGGAAAACUACAAAAAAGAGUGAAAAUAGUGAUCUUUAAUUACUCCAACUAAUUAACUUUAAUUCUUGUAUAAUCAUAAUACCUUUUUAUCGUCCUAACGAUAUAAAAUUAUCCCACCACCACCGCGAUUUCACCCACCCUGAUCCCUUAUUUUAUCAUCAAUCUUUAUAAACGAUUAAAUGAUUUAUUGUAUUUUAA